AUGACCCAGGUCGGCGCGUCCCAGAAGCUGGCGUGCGUAAUCGACGGAGAGUCCCUCAUGAACGACGGCAGCGCGCUGGUGAUAUUCCUGCUCCUCCAGAAGAUCGUCGAGGGGGAGGCCGUCACGGUCGGAGGGGCGAUCGCCCAGUUCUGCCUGCUGGCUGUCGUGGGCAUGGUGCUAGGCAUCGCCUUUGGCGCGGCCACCAGCUGGCUGCUGGACAACAUUUUCCGCGACCCCACCCUGACCACCAUUGUCACGCUGAUGUCAGCGUAUGCCAGCUACUACACCGCCGACCGGCUGGUGGGGGCGUCUGGGCUGCUGGCGGUCGUGUGCAACGGGUUCGCGAUGAGCCUGAUAGGCGGGCGGCAGAUCGCGCUGCGCGCAGAGGAGGCGAUGCAUGGCUUCUGGGGCGUCCUCGAGUGGGGGGCCAACACCAUCCUGUUUGUGUGGGUGGGCAUCGUGCUGGCAAUCGUGCUGCCGCCCUCGCACGAGGAGACGGUGAUCACAGAUCAGCCAAUCCACCUGGUGCCGAGUGACGCAGGUUACGUGGUGGUGCUGUACAUAUGGCUGCAGGUGGGGUGA